AUUUGACAUUCACUUGUCAAUUUUGACAUAUAAACAAUAAAGAUGGCCGCGCUAGUGAGGACAGGAAUUUCCUUCGCAAAAAAUGCAAUUAUUUCUACAUCUACGCGUGCUAUUUCGACUACUGUUCCAUUAAAUUUAAGGGAAAUUCGUGAACGCAAGGAAGGUUCGACAGUAAUAGUAGAAGGCGUGAGUGUGCCCUCGCCACGCACUGAAAUUCUUGUGCGUACCGACAAGCUCGCUGCUAAUCUUACUGACGAAAAUGGAAAGCCGCCUUGUUAUAUGUGUUCCCUGGGUUUGGACGUGAAGCACACAGAUGUCAUGAUCCUGAGUCAGUUCGUACGGUCAGACGGCUGCAUGCUGCCGAGACGCAUCACAGGCCUAUGCCGGCGUCAGCAGAAGAAAAUUGGCAAGAUGGUGUCUAUGGCACAGAAAGCAGGUUUAAUGAUCAAUAUGACACCAAGCAAUUGUAAAGGAGAUCCAACGAAGCGAAAGGACCAUAAAAAGUUCAACACUUACUAUGAUGAGAAGACAAUCUUCUGGAAGAGAAUACCCAAACCUAGUGACCGGUUCAAGCGAUAAUGCUGCUUAUAGUUUUAAAUGUUAAAAAUUCUCCAAGAAUGUGUGCAUGCCUGUUAACAGAACGGGCAUUGAGUAUCAGGCAUUUUACUGUUAUGGAAUAGCAAUAAAAAAUAUAGAAUAAACA